CCAGUAACUUGCUUGCACUGUAGGAACCGCGGCUACCGUAGGAAACCCGGAAUAUUUGUCAUAAUACAUACAAGUAGUAAAGCAAAUGCCGUAAAAUGUGAAAUAUUUGGAGCAAAAAAGUAGUAAAAGAGUUUAACUGCAGGGUUUGGGUGUCCUUUUAUAUUAAUUUUAGCCAAGGACAUGAUACUAUUUAAUAGCUAGCUUGUGAGCUACUUCGAGUUUUUGCUGACUUAACGUGCAGCCCUUAAUAGUGCGACCUUACUAUGGACAAUAGCACCAUUUAUGUCCGAGAAAGAGGCAGUCUUCGUCGUGUCAGUGACAUAGUCCUGGCACAGCCAAAGCCAGCGUUAUCGUGCAGAAGGACAAAUCCGUUUGUGCCCAGAAAAGAGCAUUUUAUAUUCACCUACAAUGAAGAGGGAAGUCUGCGAUAUACUACAAAAUCUCUCUUUGACAUCACUUUGUUGUUUGUAGUUGACAAUAUUCAUCAUGUAGACUCUCUGAUUGGCUUCCCUGAGCAAAUAGGUGAUAAACUUUUUGUAGCAGCUGAGGAAAAUCGUGUAUUCUUAAACCCAGAAAUUUCUUCAAAAGCCCUGCAGUUAUUCAGUGAUGCAUAUGGAGGCAUGGUACUUGAAUCACUGUGUUUACGAAACAGGUUUCCACUUCUGCACGAGCGAAUGGAUGAAAUAAAAACAUUUCAUAAUUUGAAGUCUCUGGAUUUGUUUGGCUGCAAACUGGGUGACAAUCAUGAGCUUUUUCAACAUCUAACAUCCACCUCACUGGCAAGGAGCCUGAUUCAACUUUUCAUCGGUAGUAACAGCCUGUCAGAUGCUGGCCUCCAACGACUGACCGCACCUAUCCGUAUGAUGCACAAGGGACUGGACUGUCUUCAGCUUCUGGAUAUUUCCUACAACAAUAUCUCAGAGAGGGCUCUUGGAUACCUCACAUGUCUCCCAAAACUUGCAAAUCUUGAUGUAUCUGGAACCAGUUUGAAGCUUGGCACAGGAUUGAAGACAACAAUGUCAAACCUGUUAGGACUAAUUUAUUCUGAGAAACCACUGGAUACCUUUGAUCACUCAAGAUGCAAGACAGAAGGUUGGGCUGAGCAGGUAAGUAUGUUUAAAUGCAGAUUUGACAUUGAUAGAAGUAGUGGUCAGAUGUUUACAUAGACUCAUUAUGGGUAUGAUAAUGGUAAACUAUUUCCCCCCAAGGUGGAAUCACUGUAUUGUACACAUCUUUAAUAACUUUAAAAAAACAUGUACAUGUUUGAAUUUAUUCUGGAAUUUCUGUAUUCCACUCAUACAUACAGCCUCACCAACAUUUGGUUAAAUGUCCCUUAGCAAGUUGCACCUCAAC